GCUCCGCGCAUGCGCAGCUCCUCCUCAGCUCGGGCAGUGACCAGGGGAAGGCCGGGGAGAUUGUUUUGGAAUCAUUUAUAGUGAAUUAAUUUAAUUCUCACAGUUUCUUCAUCAUGAUUCCCACCGAGGACGCGUCCGCCAGGAAGAGAGAGAUCGAGGAGAAAUUAAAACAGGAACAAGAGACGCUGUCGUUUAUUCGUGAGAAUCUGGAAAAGAGCGACCAGCUCACUAAAGGAAUGGUGUCAAUCCUGUCGUCGUUCGAGAGUCGGCUCAUGGCUCUGGAGAACUCCAUCAUCCCGGUUCACAAGCAGACCGAGAACCUGCAGCGCCUUCAGGAAAACGUCGACAAGACGCUCUUCUGCCUCGACCACGUCAUCAGCUACUACCACGUCGCCAAGGAUACGGAUAAAAUCAUCAGGGAGGGACCCACUGGGCGGUUGAACGAGUAUCUCGCCUGCAUCGCCAAGAUCCAGAAAGCUGUGGAAUAUUUUCAGGAUAACAAUCCCGACAGUCCUGAGCUCAACACUGUGAAAGUGCGGUUUGAGAAGGGUAAAGAGCAGCUGGAGGCGGAGUUUCGUGCCCUGCUGACACGCUACAGUAAGCCGGUCCCGCCCGUGCUGAUCUUGGACGCGAUUGGUGGGGACGAGGAGCUGGAGGGCGAGGUCACGCUGGAGCAUCUUCCCGAGGCCGUGCUGCAGGACGUCAUCUGCAUCGCCGGGUGGCUGGUGGAGUACGGGCGGAACCAGGACUUCAUGAACGUUUAUUACCAGAUCCGUUCCAGUCAGCUGGAUCGCUCCAUUAAGGGUCUGAAGGAACAUUUCCGUAAGAACAGCGCCUCCUCUGCGCUGCUUUACUCCCCCGCGGUGCAGACCAAACGCAAGGACACGCCCACCAAAAAGGUUCCGAAGCGACCAGUUUACAUCCCAGGGACGAUCCGUAAAGCUCAGAACCUGCUGAAACAGUACUCUCAGCAUGGCCUGGAUGGGAAAAAGGCCUCUAACCUCACUCCUCUAGAAGGUUACGAUCACGAGCCGCGCGGGGUUAAGCAUCUGUCGGACACACUGAGCGACAAGCACGGGGCCUCAGCAGGGAAAGAUGAUGUGAUGGACGUGGAGAUCGACUCGUAUAUCCACUGCAUCAGUGCGUUUGUGAAGCUGGCGCAGAGCGAGUACACUUUACUGACCGAGAUCAUUCCUGAACAUCACCAGAAGAAAACCUUCGACUUGCUCAUCCAGGAGGCGUUAGAUAACCUGAUGCUGGAUGGUGACAACAUCGUAGCAGCCGCACGCAGAGCCAUAAUGAGGCACGAUUACUCCGCAGUGCUCACCAUCUUCCCCAUCCUCCGCCACCUCAAACACACCAAACCUGACUUCGACACCACACUGCAGGGGACGACGGCGCGCACUAAGAACAAACUGCCGACUCUGAUCACGUCCAUGGAGACCACCGGAGCCAAAGCGCUGGAGGAGUUCGCCGACAGCAUCAAGAAUGAUCCGGAUAAAGAGUAUAACAUGCCGAAAGACGGAACUGUGCACGAGCUCACCAGUAACGCCAUUCUGUUCCUGCAGCAGUUGUUGGAUUUCCAGGAGACGGCCGGAGCGAUGUUAGCCUCUCAGGAAACGAGCUCAUCAGCCAGCAGCUACAGCUCCGAGUUCAGCCGCAGACUCCUCAGCACCUACAUCUGUAAAGUGCUGGGAAACCUGCAGCUGAAUCUGCUGAGUAAAUCUAAAGUGUAUGAGGAUCAGGCUCUGAGCGCCAUCUUCCUCCACAACAACUACAACUACAUCCUCAAAUCUCUGGAGAAGUCAGAGCUGAUUCAGUUGGUGGCAGUGACGCAGAAGAAGGCAGAGAGUUCCUACAGAGAAUUGAUCCAACAGCAGAUUCAGACCUACCAGCGCAGCUGGAUGAAGGUGACGGACCACCUCACAGAGAGGAACCUGCCAGCACUACAACCUGGAACCAAGUUGAAAGACAAAGAGCGUCAGGUGAUCAAAGAUAAAUUUAAGGGUUUUAAUGACAGUCUGGAGGAGUUGUGUAAGAUUCAGAAGGUGUGGGCGAUUCCUGAUAAAGAACAGCGUGAUGCGAUUAGACACGCCCAGAAAAAGCUCAUCUCUGACGCAUACAGAGCCUUCCUACACAGGUGUGCGAACAUGCCAUUCACAAAGAACCCAGAGAAGUACAAUAAAUACACACCGGAGCAUGUGGAGGACAUGAUCGACAAGCUGUUCGACACCUCUGCCUAAACCCCGCCCACUACACGCCCACUUGUUGUAGCCACCCCCUCACUUCCUGUUUCCUGCUGCACUACAAUGUGUCUUGUCUCUGUGUUAAAUCUGUAAAUACGCCUAGUUUAAUGUUCAAUAAAGAAUUUCACUAGACAAGAA